CCCCCCGCCGCCCCCCCUGGAGGCGUACACCCAUGUGGGAGGAGGCUCUGUGGACCCGCGGACGCUACCUGCUGGAGAAGAACGAUGGGGCCGAGGGCGGCGAGGGGCCCGACGGCUUGGGAGCGGAGGGCUGCCCGAGCUUCCAGGGGGGUGAGACGUGCGCGGAGGGCGAGAAGCGGCAAGACUGGCUCUACGAGUCCUACUACAGGAUGAGCCAGCAGCAUCCUCUCAUCGUCUUCUUGCUGCUCAUCGUCAUGGGAACCUGCCUGGCGCUGCUGGUGGUCUUCUUCGCCUCGGGGCUGAACACCGAGGACCACCUGACCUUUCUGAUCACGGUGCCCACGGCCCUUUUCCUCUUCUUGUCCAUCUUCAUUCUAGUCUGCAUCGAGUCAAUUUUCAAGCGUAUGCUCCGCCUCUUCUCCCUCCUUAUAUGGGCGUGUCUGGUCACCAUGGGUUACCUGUUCAUGUUCUCCGGAGGGAUCCUCAGCCCUUGGGACCAGGUCUCCUUCUUCCUCUUCAUCGUCUUUGUGGUCUACACCAUGCUGCCUUUCUCCAUGAGGGGCGCCAUCAUGGCCAGCGCGCUCACCUGCCUGUCGCACACCGUCACCCUCAGCAUCUGCUUGGCUUCCGUCGCCAAAGACUCGGAAGCUCUCGUCUGGCAGAUCCUGGCCAAUGUGAUCAUCUUUACCUGCGGUAACUUAGCGGGGGCGUACCAUAAACACCUGAUGGAUUUGGCCCUCAAGCAGACUUACCAGGACACCUGUAACUGUAUCAAGUCCCCCAUCAAGCUGGAGUUUGAGAAGCACCAGCAGGAACGUUUGCUCUUGUCUCUAUUGCCGUCUCACAUCGCUCGAGUGAUGAAAGCCGAGAUCAUCCAGAGGCUUCAGGGCCCAAAAUUUGGUCGCACCGAGAGCGCCAACAACUUCCAUAACCUGUACGUGCAACGGCACACCAACGUCAGUAUCCUUUAUGCUGACAUCGUGGGUUUCACUAGGCUGGCCAGCGAUUGCGCACCGGGGGAGCUGGUGCAUAUGCUCAACGAACUUUUUGGAAAGUUUGACCAGAUCGCAAAGGAAAACGAGUGCAUGCGAAUCAAGAUCCUGGGAGACUGUUAUUAUUGCGUGUCUGGUCUGCCGGAGUCUCUGCCUCACCACGCCAGGAACUGUGUGAAGAUGGGCUUGGAUAUGUGUGAGGCCAUCAAGAAGGUCCGAGAUGCCACCAGGGUCGACAUCAACAUGCGCGUCGGCGUUCACUCCGGGAACGUCCUGUGCGGCGUGAUCGGCCUCCGCAAGUGGCAGUACGACGUGUGGUCACAUGACGUGACGCUUGCCAAUCACAUGGAGGCGGGAGGUGUGCCGGGAAGGGUCCACAUCUCAUCUGUGACUCUGGAGUACCUGAAGGGUUCGUAUAAGGUGGAACCAGGAGAUGGGCAGAGUCGGGAUUCUUACUUGAAAGAACACGGUGUGGUCACCUUCCUGGUCAUCAACCCCAAGACCGACAAGCACAGCCCUCUGCUGGGCCUGCGCUCUCGCCCGUCUCUGGAUGGCGGGAAGAUGAGGGCGUCCGUCCGCAUGACCCGCUACCUGGAGUCAUGGGGCGCCGCCAAGCCCUUCGCCAACCUGCACCACCGUGAUAGCAUGAGCACGGACAACGGCAAGAUCAACACCACGGAUGUCCCGAUGGGGCCGUACCACUUUCAGCGACGGGAGAGGUCCAAGUCGCAGAGGAGGAGGUUUGAGGAAGAACUCAACGAGCGGAUGAUCCGCACCAUCGACGGAAUCAACUCGCAGAAACAGUGGCUGAAGUCAGAGGACAUCCAGAGGAUCUCAUUGUUCUUUCACAACAAAGCCCUGGAGGCAGAGUACAGAUCCACCACCUUACCUGCGUUCAAGUACUACAUCACAUGCGCCUGCCUCAUCUUCUCCUGCAUCUUCAUCGUGCAAGUCCUCGUCCUGCCCAAAACCGCUGUGCUUGGGAUAUCCUUCGGCCUGGCUUUCUUGCUGUUGGCACUCAUCCUGGUUCUUUGCUUUGCCGGUCACGUUCUGCAAGGACGGAAAGGAUCGGUGUGCUCGUUCCCCUGGUUGAACAUGUCCUCCCGCAUCAUCGUCACCAACAACCCCUGGUUGCGAUUGGUCCUCACCAUGACGACCACCACACUUAUCCUUGUGAUGGCCGUCUUCAACAUGUUCUUUGUGGAGGAUGCUGAGAGAUCCACCACGCUCUCAGAAUUGGCUUCCCCUGAAACGCUCGCAAGCGGUCCUCCUGUGAAUUUAACAAAUGGCACCAUGCCGGACUUCCAGGCUCAAUCAGCAGGAGAAAAACACUUUUAUCUCCCGUAUUUCAUCUACUGCUGUAUUCUGGGCUUGGUAUCAUGCUCGGUAUUUCUGAGAAUCAACUACGAGUUAAAAAUGGUGGUGAUGCUGGUCGCCUUGGUGAUCUACAACAUCAUCAUCCUCCAAACGCACGCUUCGCUUCUGGACGGUUUCAGCAAGGCUCUGUAUCCAACCGAGGCGCUGGACAGACCAGGAAUCCUGAAGGACCUCAAGACAAUGGGCUCUGUGUCCCUUUUCAUCUUCUUCAUCACAUUGCUGGUUUUGGCCAGACAGAAUGAAUAUUACUGUAGGUUGGAUUUCCUGUGGAGGGACAAGUUCAAGCGGGAGUGCGAGGAGAUCGAGACCAUGGAGAACCUCAACCGGGUCCUGCUGGAGAACGUCCUGCCCGCCCACGUGGCCGAACACUUCCUUGGACGCAAUUGGAAAAAUGAGGACCUUUACCAUCAGUCAUACGACUCCGUGUGCGUGAUGUUCGCCUCCAUCCCGGACUUCAAGGAGUUUUACACCGAGUCGGACGUCAACAAGGAAGGACUCGAAUGUCUUCGUCUCCUCAAUGAGAUCAUAGCAGAUUUUGAUGAGCUACUUUCAAAGCCAAAAUUCAGCGGAGUGGAGAAGAUUAAGACCAUCGGGAGUACCUACAUGGCGGCCACCGGACUCAACUUGGCGCCAGGACUCGACUGUGCACAGGAACAUGACAGACAGUACAUGCACGUGGGCACCAUGGUGGAAUUUGCAUUCGCUCUGGUCGGGAAGCUCGACGUCAUCAACAAACAUUCCUUUAAUGACUUCCGGCUAAGAAUCGGGAUAAAUCACGGACCGGUCAUCGCGGGGGUCAUCGGGGCCCAGAAGCCUCAGUAUGACAUCUGGGGGAACAGCGUGAAUGUGGCCAGUCGGAUGGAAACGACGGGAGUGCUUGGAAAAAUCCAGGUGACGGAGGAGACAAGUGAGAUCUUAACCACGUUGGGCUACAUGUGCUCGUGUCGAGGCAUCAUCAACGUGAAAGGAAAAGGGGAACUGAAGACCUACUUUGUCCACACAGAGAUGACCCGAUCCCUGUCACAAGGCACCGUCAUGCCUUGAGUCGUCGCACGGAAAAAUAAAAAUAGACUCAACACACAAAGUGGCAUUAGCGAGCAUCGGUCACGCUCUGGAAGUACGUACGAGUUAUUAGCCGAAGCCCCCCCUGCGUUACAUUGGACAAACAACUGUGAAGACGGCCAUAUUGUCGGAUGUCAGUGUGGAGAAGACGGCUCUCCGAGAGUCAGAGCCUGACGCUUGAGCAAAGGCGGCUCUUUAAAUAAUAUACACUCGAAAGCAGACGUUAUGAAUGGACCCAGAGUCAGACUUAGUGUAAAUUGCCAAUUUCCCCCUCAUUGACAGGUAGUUUGAAUGUGAAAUAGUUAUUGUAGUUUUAGUGUUGGAAGAGUUGUGGGCUCGAGAAGAAAAGUCAAUUGUUGCUUUUUAUAAAUCUCCACUGGAAGCAAACCAGCUGCACUGUGUGUUCAAAUGUCCCAAUGCUGCCACCAUUUUGUUAUUCAUUAAAUAUUUGUAUAUAUUGUAA